CCCUCGUCUUGGGAGACAGUGAUACAAUAGUCAAUAUAAACAUUGGUAGCAACCGUUUUUGUGACAGUCUGGACCUCCACGGUCAUUUUGCAACAAAAAAAGGACAUUGUGCAUACAACAGGUGCUGUUUUCAUCAAGACUUUCAUUCAGGACGAUGUCGUCCGCUGAGUCAGGAACAGGUGUUCCUAAACUACAUCGCCUCUUCAUCAAGUUUGACCCAGAGGUUGUAGCGGUGGUGUCGAUACUCCUGGGUCUGUUCCAGGUGCUGUUGGCUGUGCCUGUGUACUACAUGGACGUUGGCUUACCCAAACUACAACUCAUGCUCCCUUUAUUUAUUGGCUUCCUGUUUGUGACGGCAGGAUCGUUCGCCAUCGCCUGUGAGAAGUCUCCCAGCAGAAAUCUGCUGAUGGGCUGUGCCUACACUAACGUGGCCAGCCUGGUGGCAGGCUUACUGGCUCUGUGUAUGUAUAGCGUCUCCCUACACUCCGUCCAGGGCUUUGCUGAACCCUGCACUCUGCCAAACAUAGACCUGUACACAGGGGCUGCACACAAGUGCCCAGGAGAGUACCUGGAGGGGUUCUUCAGAAGUGUCACAGUCCUGCUCAUCGUUUAUGACCUGGGGGCUCUUAUCCUCCACUCUCUCCUCUCCUUCUCCGCACUCAAGGGACUCAGAGUGGGACUGUGCCGAAUGAUCAAUUAAUCAAUUACUCAAACUGAUUAACUAAUGGAUUCUAGUUGAAAAACCUAUUUUAGAAAAAUAUUGUUUAAUAUCGGUGACCAAGUUUGUUCAUUUCAGGGGUUUGUUUGUUCCUUUCGAGCUUUACAAUUGUUUGAGAAACAUUUACAUUUUAGUCAUUUAGCAGAUGCUCUUAUCCAGAGUGACUUACAGUUAGUGAGUGCAUACAUUCUU